AAGUUCACAAUUUAUCUGAGGAUAAAAAUUCCGCAAAUAAAGCUAGAGAAGCUGACUGGUGUAUCUGGCAAAUCUUCCAAAAGUUUCUUUCAUCACGCUGCACAAAGAAAUUGAUUCUGUAAAACUAUGCGAGGGAAGUUACUUUUCUGUUUUGUUGUGUUGUUUGUGCUUGGACUAUGUCAGUCUUCGAUUGAUCUGCGAACAUCGUCUGGACAGUUUCUGGAGAGGAUAUUGAAUGGACGUGGAAGACGUGGCGGGAGUCCUGCAACAGGAACUAAUAAUUUGAAUGAAGGAACAGAAAUGAUGAGCGCAUCCAGAAGGGCAGGCAUGUACAAUGUCAAUGACAGACGACAGGGGGUUCUUCCAAACAGAAUUACUUCCAGACGCGGAGGAAUGUACAACACCAACGGCAGACGACAACGACAACGACCGUGUAAACGAAGAUGGUGGAGAAGAUGCUAAAACGCACUCAACCCCAGAGGGUUUAAUUUUGACAUUGAUAUAGUCUAUGGUUUAAAUUCAAAGGAAUUCAUAUUGAUAAAUCAUUUUUCUUGAAAAUGCAGAUUCCUUUAAAAAAUGUACCUUUGUAUAGGUAUCUUCUGCUAUAAAGAACAUGUACAUAUAUAUCUUUGUUGACAUAUGACAUAGGCGUCGGAACCGG